AAAAUAUGUUUUUUUAAAAAGAAACUAUAACUAUAUUUUCCAAAACAAAAGCACCCAAUAAAAAAUAAUAAAAAUUACUCUAUUUUUUUCCCACCUCUCGUGCCACCCAAUAAAAAAGAAGCCACUGCUCAGCUGGGGUACACGUGUUACAUCUCCACGCCGCCGGUAAAACCCUAGAAGUACAGAAUUUGGCUUUAUAAACCCCCCGCUGCAAUUUACUCCACAUCCUUUUUUUUUUUUUUGUUGCAACACAAAAAACAUUUGAACUGAAAAAAUGGAGCUCUGCACUGCACGAGCCACCUCAAAUAUUCCUCGUUUCAAUACCUUCAGCACCUGCCGUUCUAUAUUUCCACAGUUUAAUUCCACUCGGCCUGCCUCAGAUGUCCAUGGCAUCGAUUUCAAGUUCACAGGUUCACUUCUGACUAAACCUUAUUAAUGUAGUUGUGGUAGUAUUAUUCUUUUUCAAUUUCAGUUAUUGCUCUGUGAUUUUUUUUAGUGUAUUUUUAUUUUUUCUUGAUACGAUUAUUUCGUUUUGAUUGUUUAAUAAUCUUCAUCAGUGGUGGGUGAUGAUUUUUUAUUUUUUAUUUUUGAAAAAAAUUAGGGUGGAAUGUGUUCUGUAUUCUCUCAUAUGUUUACUGUGGUAGAUGAUGAUCGUUUUAUUUACUGAUUUAUUUAUGUUUGUUAUUCGUCAUAUGUUACCAUCCAGCGAUUACUGUUUUUUGGUUGUUCGGACUUGGAUUGAGUAGAUUAAGUAUUUUGUUUAGGAAAGAAGGGAAUUUUUUAAAAUGUUAUUAAUUACUUUUUGGGUAGAUUUCCCCGGAAUCUCGCCAUUCGAUAAUAGUCAUGCUUUAGAGGUUUAUUGAUGAGUUAUACUUCUAUUUUUACUGUAUGAUGGUGGAGCAGCAGCCGAAAACAAACACGAUGUUUAUGAAUGAGGGAGAAGAAAUCGAAUUAGCUGACUACUUUUUGAUCAGAACAUGUGUUUGCAAUUCAGGAUUAAGAGACUAUCCCGGCUUAUCUCUUAAAGUGUCACCUUCCGAUGAAACUUCAGUCAGCUCGUAUGCUAAAGAUGGGCCUGAUGGUGUGAUAACUAUAGAAGAACCCAAGCCAGUGGAGAAGCCAGUGGAGAAGGAGGAGUAUGAAGAUAAGGUUUCAAAUGCUGCACCUGAAGAGACUCCUUCUGAAGAAAAUCCCGAUGAAGUAAAUAUAACACAAGUGUUUGAAUCAUUUCUGGAGAAGCUUGAUCUGGAAAAGAUUGAUGCAGAUGACAAGUAUUCACUCCUCCUGCUUGGUGCUGGUGGACUGACAGCUCUUUAUCUAGCAACUGCCAUUGUUGGCGCCAUUGAUUCUAUUCCUUUGGUUCCAAAACUGAUGCAACUAGUUGGACUUUCCUACACUGUCUGGUUCACCGCUCGUUAUUUGGUUCUGAAGAAAAACAGAGCUGAGUUAGCUGCUACAAUUAAAGACAUUAAGGAAAAAGUCCUUGGUUCCGACAGUGAAUGAUGUAGAUUGACAUUAGUUUAAAUAUUUCUCUUGCGAUAGCCCUGUUCCGCAAAUCACCUUUGUUACACAGUUUGGAGUUUUGGUAGCCAAUAUGUGGAUAGUAGGAUUUUCGGUUUAAUUUGUAAUCAAGAAUCACAAUUUUUGUUCUCAUUCAGAUACAGGUAAAGGGUUAUAGACGAUCCGAGGAUCAUGUGCUGAAACUACAAUAGCGUGUAACUUUAAAGAUUGUUCCAAAACAUGCUUCCGCCUAGUCGGUGCUGUGAUAGUACGACAGCGACAUUUUUUGAAGGGCCAAAGGCUAGUUGGUUUAUCAUUAGGCAGCCUUGUGUUUGACUGCUAUACUGUUCUAUUAUUGACCACGCGGGUCCAAGUCCGGAGUUUGCAUAUAGCCAUUUUGCUGGGUAAAAAAAAUCAUCUUGAGUUUAAAUGUUUCAAGGUUUAAGGAAAAAAAAAAACUGGAACAGGGGGCUAUCAAGAUUGGGAGACAGAAAUCAAUCCAUAGUGCUUCUUUUGAUUUUUGCUGAGUACAAAUAAUAAAUAAAUAAAUACUCCUGUUAAUUAUGAGUAUCAAUAUUAUUAUUAUUUUAUUAAUAAAACUGUAAAUUACUUGGAUGGAUCCUGCUAAUGAGGACUUUAGGGCGACUUUUUCACAUGCACUUCUUUUGUUGUCUUGCUUUGGUCCAAAAGCCUUUCCACAUGUUCAUACGCGAUCAAAAUUUGGCGCCAUACAGAGACAAGUUGGGGACAAACCAGCAGGAGAAAGUUGAGUAAAUUGAGGACAGGUGCUUAACAGUAAAUGUAACACUUUCUUAAUCAAAGCGGUUAACUUUAUACGUCUAGACUUUGCUGAAAGUUAACCCUACCCAUCUUGCCAAAACCCAAAAGUUUCAAAGAGGGAAGAAAAGUA